GGGAGCCUUAUGCUUUCGGAUGCCGGCGCCCUAUGCCGUGCCGGAUGCGGGGGACUAUUCUCAGGCGGAAGGUCUGAACACCGGCCCCUCCAGCGCAGAGGCCUCCGCGCCGAGUCCGCCGAAGCGCGCGGCGAGCCCGGCGAGCCCACGGGCGCCGUGGUGCUGGGGGGCGGUGCGGCGGGCCUGCUGGCGGCUAUGACGGCAGGCCGGCGGGGCCGCAAGGUCACGCUACUGGAGAAGAACCCGGAGCUGGGGAAGAAGAUAAGGAUCAGCGGGGGCGGACGGUGCAACUUCACCAACAUCUCGGAUACGUUGGAUGUGGCGUACCACUCCUCGCGCAGCUCUUCAAAUGAGGCUGCCUUCUUUGAGAAGGCCUUUGCCCGGUAUCCCCCCGAGAAGUUCAUCGGCCUGGUGGAGUCACAUGGAAUCAAGUACCAUGAGAAGAAGUUGGGGCAGCUGUUCUGCAACAAGUCUGCCCAGCAGAUUGUGGACAUGCUGCAGGAGGAGUGUCUCGCCGCCAAAGUGGACCUGCGCACCGGCGCGGAGGUUUGCGGCGUGACCAGGGAGGGCCCGGAGUAUCGGGUUGACUACGAGCAGGCGGGCGAGGCCAAAGAGUUGCGCGCCCAGGCGGUGCUGGUGGCCUCCGGGGGACUGAGCUUCGCACGCAGCUGCGGCAGUACCGACCUGGCCCACCGCAUCGCGGAGGCCUUCCAGCUGAAGG